AUGUCUAUUUUCUCCUCAAUAGGAGGCCAUCCUGACCAAGAACCAUAUAUCACAGUAUGGGAAGACUUGGUGAUGUAUCCGCCGGACUGGGUCCGACCAUUUCUUCCAAAUGAUAAAAUAAGAGUCCUAGCCCCAUCCUACUCAUACUUUAGCCGGGGCGUACCUGUGACAACCAGAACUCUGGCUCUCACAGGAGUAGAAGAAGGGGUGACCAAUAAUGGAGGAGAUUAUAAAAAAUUGAAAGAACCAAGCCCUAAGACCAAGGUAUAUCCAGAGGUCGAGGGACCCCCUGAAUGGACUCCACCUGUAUCCACAUCUAUACCCACCGCCCCCCCAACUGGACCCCAGUCCCCAGACGAGGGAGUACCUGUGCCGUAUAACCCGGGGGGUUGGGAAGAAGGACCCUAUACCGGUACCAGGAGUAAACGGGGGAUAACACCUGAGGGACCAGACUCCACUGUAGCCUUACCACUCCGGGCGGUGGGGCCAGCCCCCACAGAGCCAGAUGAGUUACAACCGUUACAGUACUGGCCCUUUUCGUCCUCCGAUUUGUACAACUGGAAAGCAAAUAACCCUUCUUUUUCUGAGAACUCUGCUGCCCUCAUAGGACUAGUCGAAUCCCUGAUGUACUCCCAUCAGCCCACAUGGGACGACUGUCAGCAGUUACUUCAAACACUUUUCACCACAGAGGAGCGAGAACGAAUCUUCUCGGAGGCACGGAAAACCCUACAGGAAGGCCAACCAGGCCAACCCCCUCGAACAGGAAUGGAAGUGGAAGCGUUGUUCCCAGCAGCGCGACCGCAAUGGGACUAUAAUACAGCAGCAGCACGCCUAAAAGCGUUGGAAGUAGUUAGAAAAGAAGUUUGGGAACAGUUGAAGAACCUCUACGACCCAGGCGAGGUGUCGAUGCCCCAUUCGUUCCAGGUCGGAGACAAAGUUCUGAUUAGACGACACCGAUCAGAGACGCUCGAACCUCGGUGGAAGGGACCGUAUGUGGUAUUGUUAACAACUCCCACCGCUGUAAAAGUCGAUGGGAUUACUGCGUGGGUACAUUCAGCGCAUGUAAAAAGGGCACCUAGAGAUAUACAAAAGGAUGAUUGGGUGGUGGAAAAGACUGAUAAUCCUCUUAAGCUUCGUGUGUUUCGGAAACCAAACCGAAACACCUAGGGAAAAUCUGUUGGUGGGACUAAUCCGAGAUUUCGGGAAGGCCCAAAAUGCGACCAGUAUCACUGCUUGUUUACCAUUACCACAAGCAGCUGGGGAGCCUAUUCCGUGGGGUAUAAUCCCGGCGGGACCACUACCAAAAUAUAAAAAUAAUGUAUCCCAAUUUUGUAAGAGUGUGCCCCGAACUAGGACUGGGGUAGGUCGGCGAUUUAUCAGGACACGAAAAUCACAGUGGAAAAUCAGGAA